AUGACAGAGGCAAGCCUUCCUCUACAAGCCGCCUUCUCCGGCCUUCACAGGGUCCUAUGCCGCCUGGAGAAAACAUUCGUCAUUGAUCUUGCCGGCGGACAGAUUACGGGAUCCAUAGACCGACUUAAACCUUCUCCUAUGGCCAAAUUCAUUCCAGCCGAUGUCACCCCAUCGACUUCUCCAGGACCAGCACCCACGUAUCCGGCAUCUCACAAGCUGACGGUACGAAACCCGGUGACUCAUUUGCCUGGCAGUCUUGAAGCAGCCCACAACGCAGAGCCGCCCCAUUGA